CAUAUUUCAUAUAAUUUCAUCUCAAUAAGUCACGUGCCUUGCAACAUGUGCAAGAGAGAAAGAAUGUUGAAGAACUGCUUUGUCUGUAGCUACUGAAGCUUUUUUUUUUAACAGGCCAAGUGGCAUUCUUACUAAAAAAAAGUCUGUGUAAAGCUGCUAUAGCAACUUGCCAGUAAGUUGAAACUAGCUUUUUGCUUUGUGGAUUGUCAUGAUCAUGACUGGAAACAGAUGGACCAUGAGAAACAAGACUCAAUCGCUGAUUUUCAUCUCAGGGUUUCUCUCCCUUUCUAUGGGAUCUUUCGAUUUCCACCUAAUUAGCAUGAGAAAUAACUACUUUGAAGCAAAGACCUAUUGUAGAGAGAUGUACACAGAUUUAGCGACAAUUCACAACUCAACUGAUAUGGAUGAUUUAACCAAAUUAGUACCAAGUAGCAUUGCCAGAGCCUGGAUUGGACUGGAGACAGGAGAUGCGUGGGUAUGGCAUUGGUCCCGCCCUGCUCAAAAACUGGAUUUUUUAAACUGGAAGGUAGGACAAGAAAUGAAGAAUGUCAAUGCGUGUGCAGCAAUGGAUCACCGGGGAGAGUGGAUUGAAAGUGACUGCGGGAUCGAAAGAAGUUUUGUUUGUCAUGGCAGCAAUGAUACCAGCGGUCUCAUAUUUGUUGCUGAGACCAAAUCUUGGAGAGAAGCUCAGGACUAUUGCAGGGGCUUGUUUUAUGAUCUCAUUAGCAUACACUCAGCCGUGGAGAAUGAGGCUGUGUAUAAUGUAUCUGCAUCACAAAAUGUGUGGAUUGGCCUCUUCAAAGAUUCCUGGAAGUGGUCUGAUGGGAGCAACACAUCAUUCCGUUACUGGAAACCCAGGCAGCCUACGAACUCUCCUGGGCAGAAUUGUGUUGCUGCUGUAUUCAUAGAUAAAGGGCAAUGGAAUGACCUGAACUGCGUCGGCAAGCAACCUUUUGUUUGUAGCGGGGCAAGGAAAUUAAUUCCAACAACCCCAAAUCCAACAAGUACAGAGCAGAUGGCAACAAAUUGGACAACUCUUCAAAGCUCUUCAUCUCAAGAGGCCAUCGUAACUAAUCGCUUUCGACCUACCACUCAAUCCACCGCUGCUAAUAUUACCACGGAAGAAGCAACCACUGGCAAUGAACUGACAACACCAAAUAUCACAAAUUAUGUUUCAAGUAACCCAAAUACUGAGCUCAACAACGGAACUACAGAAGUAUCUACUGUGACACCUUCACAGCAACGUCCAAAUAAGACUGCACAAGUGACCACAAACAGCAUCUCUACACUAACAACACUUAUGGGGACUUCAGCCCAGACCACGACACCUUCCUCAACUCUAAAGCCCGCUGAAAACAGUCAAUGUUUUCCUGCAGAAAACCUGAUAUUAAUCAAAGAAAACAGGACAUGGAUUGAAGCGAUGGGUUACUGCAGGGAGCACCACAUUGACCUCGUCCAUAUUACUACCAAACACAUUCAGGGGAAGGUGGCUGAAACGGCAAAGAACGCCACAUCCCCUCAUGUGUGGAUCGGUCUACGGUACACUUGUGAAUUUAACUUUUGGUUCUGGACUAAGUCAACAUCUGCGUGUUACCAGAAUUGGGCCCCAGGACAAGGACCCGAAGGGACAUAUGCCUGUGAUGUUACCGGUGCCAUUCAGGCCACUGGGAGGCAGCAGUGGGUAGGUUUACCUGAGACAGAAAAAUUAAAUUUUAUCUGCUAUGCAAACACCGGGUGAGUGUGGAGAGCCAGAGCCACGCCUAUGACAAUGUUGUUGCUGCAACUUUCAUAAAGCUGCACCUUUAAAAAAAGUGUUUUAAAUUUUUUUUUUUUUAAAUGUUCUUCCAGCUUUGAUUUGAUAUUUUGUAAUGUUGACAUCAAGGUAGUGGACUUAACAAAGAUAUUAUGGUGACUUUGACACUAAGCUAUGGUGCCAUACUUAUACCUUUGUUACAAUACAGCUGCCUUCACCAUUGUUGCGAUUGAAUUUAAUCAAAUACAAAAACAUCAUGUGGUGUGUAGGCGUGCGCAUUCACAGUCAUGGGCAGCAAGAGUAAUGUGAGAACAUUGAUCUGCUCUAUGCCUUUCACUCAGGGGUUACUAUUUGCAUGUUGACCCCCUGGGUUGGGCCCCAGGAUUGUCUUUUUUGGACCACCAGAGUGUGGCAGCCAUGCAGACUGCCUGCUGCCCUCUCUGACCUGACCUUCACUAGUGGCCACGAGGAAGACAGAGCUCACAGACACUCACCUUCCUGUCUGCACCCUUGAGUUACAGGGAUUAUCUAUAACUAUUGGAACUGGAAAUAUAUCACAUUAUAAUAUAACAUUUUCACUGAUUUGUCUUUUUUUUGUCUCAAACACACAAAAAUAUCACUGUCAAUCGGCAGUUAAUAUCUUUGGGGAAACAACAUGUGGUUGCCUCGGUAUUGGUACAUUCCUUUUUUAGCUUUUCAAAAAACAGUAACUUUUUAUUAUUGGCUUCAGAUAAAUAUGAAUAGGCUUUCACUUUCAGUUGGUACAUGUUGAAAUCUGUGCUCCUUGGGGUGUGAAAAUAACAAACUGCGUGAGGAAUAUUACACAAGAGGAAAUGCACUGACGUAAUACUGUGAGCUAUUCUGACUGCUGUCAGUAAAAACUAUUAAACAAAGAGUAAUAAUUGGUGCAUUAUGAAGUGUCCUUAAACUCAAAAUCAAUAAAAUUAUGCGUACUCAUCUCACAA